AUGAAGCGUAUCAUCGUCGCCUGCGACGGCACCAACCAGUCCGCGAGCCGCGGCGACAUGACUGUGUCGACCAACGUGAACCGGUUCACGCACGCGAUGCUGAACGACUCCAAGAAGGCCGGCGUCGAGCAGAUCGUCUUCUACCAGUCCGGCAUCGGCACGGCCGACCUGGGCGUGACGGUGCUCAAUACGGGCAAGCUAGUGCAGGGCGCGAUCGGCGAGGGCAUCGAGCACAACAUCGCGGAUGGGUAUAACUUCGUUAUGAACAACUACCUCCCGGGUGACGAGCUGUUUAUCUUCGGCUUCUCGCGCGGCGCGUUCACAGCGCGCGUCCUCGCGAAUCUCAUCGCGCGCUUGGGCAUCUUCAGCAAACCCUACUCGUGGGCCUUCAAACCCGCGUUCAAGGCGUACGUCGAGGGCCCGGAGAAGUUCGCGGAGUAUCUGGAGCAGCUCGCCGUCAAUGUCGAGCGCGACCAGAAGUGGUGGAAGCCCGAGAAGGGGGAGUACGUGCCUAGGGUGUACAAGGCCACGAUCAAAGUCGUCGGAUGCUGGGACACCGUAGCGAGUCUCGGAAUACCAUGGAGCCCGUUGUCGAACGCGGGCGGUACCUCUGGGGACUACAAGUACUACGACGGGAGUCUUGUCGGAGGUACGGCGCUGACUUAUUUGCAUCCGAGUCGUCUCUGGCCUGACAUAGUUCUUCCAGGCAUCGAACACGCCUUCCACGCGCUUGCUCUGGACGAGUGCAGGGGUCCGUUCACGCCGACGAUGUGGUACCUCCCGGACAACGAAGAAGUCGCAAAAACCAUCGACCUGCGCCAAUGCUGGUUCCCAGGCGUACACACCAACGUCGGGGGCGGCUACCCCGACCAGGCGCUCGCGAACCUCACGCUCGCGUGGAUGGUCGACCUCUGCCGGCCGUUCCUCGACAUCGACGGGCGGUACGUGGACAUGUGCGUCAAGCUCGACCACAUGCCGUGGCAGAUCCGCAGCAAGCACCGCGAGGCGCAUCCGGACGGGUUCGACCGCGCGUACCAGGGCUGGGCGCGCGGCCGCCAGUACGACUCGUACAAGAAGGGCCAGACGUGGACGUGGAAGUACCGCGCGCCGGGCGCGUACGGGAAGCCCGUCGGCCGUACGCGCGAGACGGUCCAUGCGAGCGUGCGGGAGAGGUGGGAGACGAAGCCCGCGGGGAAGGAAUGGCGGCCCCCGGCGCUGACGGGCUUCGAGCCCCGGCAGCGCGCGGACGGGCGGUGGGAGUGGGUGAAGGACGCGGGGGGCGGAAAGCAAACCGUAAUUGAGGAAGAAUCGUUUGAGACAAAGCCGGAGGGCAGCUUCGAGUGGCUGCUCCGCCAUGCAUCUGUGACUCCGGAACCGCAAAAAGCUGACGACAAGCCUGCCUCGGAAUCGGGUAGCAGCUGUAUCGUUAUGUGA